AUUUUUCUCUCUCCGAAAUAACACCCAAAUGAAACGAAGAGAGAGAGAGAAAGAGGGAGAUCCGAUCGAAUUCGAAUGCAUAGUCCACUGACAAUCCAAUUCCCAAAUCAAUGUCCGCUUCCCAAACCUUAGGCGGCCCCUCCCGCGCCGGCCGCCUGCUCGGCCCCUCCCUCGACAAAAUCAUCAAGAACGCCGCCUGGCGCAAGCACUCCCAUUUGGUCUCCGCCUGCAAAUCCGCCCUCGACAAGCUCGACUCCGUCACUGACUCCUCCAUCAUCGAUCCCAAGUCCCCCGUCUCCGGCAUCUCCCUCGCCGACGCCGAGUUCGCCCUCCGCCCCGUCCUCCUCGCCCUAGAUUCGGCUUACCCCAAGGUCGUUGAGCCCGCCAUCGACUGCGUCUUCAAGCUUUUCUCCCUUGGUAUCUUCCGCGGUGAGAUCGACACUUCCGAUCCCAAAUCUGUGCUUUUCAAGCUCGUCGAGUCGGUGUGUAAGUGCGCGGCGAUCAGCGAGGAGCCUAUCGAGCUCGGCGUGCUUCGGGUAUUGCUCGCCGCCGUGAGAUCGCCGCGGGUUUUGAUACGCGGUGAUUGUUUGGUGAAUAUUGUUAGGACUUGUUACAAUGUGUACCUUGGUGGAGUGAAUGGGACCAAUCAGAUCUGCGCCAAGUCGGUUUUGGCUCAGAUUAUGGUGAUUGUUUUCACCAGAGUAGAGGAGGAUUCGGUGAAUGUCAGCAUUUCUAGGGUUUCGGUGAACGAGUUGUUGGAAUUCACUGAUAAGAAUUUGAACGAAGGGAGCUCCAUUUUGUUGUGCCAGAAUUUCAUCAAUGAGGUUAUGGAUGCGAGCUACGGCGGUCCGGAUGGAAUCAAAACGGUUGCCUCCCCAGGUCCCAAAUUACAAAACGGCAAUGCCAGUGGUGAGUCUAAUAAUGAUGGAGCUGAAUCCGGCGACUGUGCUAGUAAGAUUAGGGAUGAUGGGUAUCUUUUGUUUAAGAAUUUGUGUAAGUUGUCCAUGAAAUACUCGUCACAGGAGCACUCUGAUGAUCAAAUUCUCUUGAGGGGUAAAGUAUUGUCCUUAGAGCUUUUGAAGGUGGUCAUGGACAAUGGGGGUCCAAUUUGGCGCAACAAUGAGAGGCAAGUGAUCGUAUGCCAAUCAUACUUGAGUCAUUUCAUGCUUAUAAACGGGUUUCUCAAUGCUGUCAAGCAGUUCCUCUGCUUAUCACUGUUAAAAAACAGUGCGUUGUCAGUCAUGGCCAUUUUCCAGCUUCAGUGUUCUAUUUUCACCAGCUUGUUAUCGAAAUUCAGAUCAGGAUUGAAAGCAGAAAUUGGUAUAUUUUUUCCGAUGCUUGUCCUACGCGUGCUUGAGAAUGUUCUCCAGCCUAGUUUCUUGCAAAAAAUGACAGUCCUCAAUCUAUUGGAGAAGAUCUCUCAGGAUUCGCAGAUUAUCAUUGACAUUUUUGUCAACUAUGACUGUGAUGUCGAUGCCCCAAACAUCUUUGAAAGGAUUGUCAAUGGCCUUCUGAAAACUGCUCUAGGACCUCCCACUGGUUCAACAACAACAUUGUCUCCAGUCCAAGAUAUCACUUUCCGGCAUGAAUCCGUAAAGUGCUUGGUUAGCAUCAUAAAUUCAAUGGGAUCUUGGAUGGACCAACAGCUGAGUAUGGGAGACUCCUAUCUACCGAAGACCAAUGAAAGCGACACCUCAGCUGAGAAAACAGAAAAUAGUUCGACCCCAAAUGGUGAAGAAGGAGCUGCUUUUGAUAAUGAAGUACAUCCAGAAGGAAGUGCUGAAGUUUCAGAUGCUGCAACUCUUGAGCAACGUCGAGCUUAUAAGCUUGAACUUCAGAAAGGUGUCUCGCUGUUUAAUAGGAAGCCUAACAAGGGCAUUGAGUUUCUGAUAAGCAGCAAAAAAGUUGGUAGUUCCCCAGAAGAUGUGGCUUCUUUCCUGAGGAACAACACUGCUGGCCUAAAUGAAACCAUGAUUGGUGAUUAUUUGGGUGAAAGGGAGGAAUUUCCUCUAAAAGUUAUGCAUGCUUAUGUCGAUUCCUUUAAUUUCAAAGGGAUGGAUUUCGGUGAAGCAAUAAGGUUUUUCCUGCGGGGCUUCAGGUUACCUGGAGAAGCACAGAAAAUUGACCGCAUCAUGGAGAAAUUUGCUGAGCGCUAUUGUAAAUGCAGUCCAAAUUCGUUUACAAGUGCAGAUACUGCAUAUGUCCUUGCAUACUCUGUGAUAAUGCUCAAUACAGAUGCCCAUAACAACAUGGUGAAAGAUAAGAUGACCAAGGCUGACUUCAUCCGGAACAACCGAGGAAUAGAUGAUGGAAAGGAUCUACCUGAGGAGUAUCUUGGUGUCCUAUAUGAUCAAAUUGUUAAAAAUGAGAUUAAGAUGAGCGCCGAUUCUUCUGUACCACAGAGCAAGCAGGAAAACAGUUUUAAUAAAUUAUUAGGCUUGGAUGGUAUCCUGAAUUUGGUAACUGGGAAGCAGACUGAAGAAAAAGCAUUGGGUGCAAAUGGUCUUCUUAUAAAGCACAUUCAAGAGCAAUUUAAAGCAAAGUCAGGAAAAUCAGAGUCUAUCUAUCAUGCUGUGACAGAUGUGGCAAUUUUGAGGUUUAUGGUGGAGGUCUGCUGGGGUCCUAUGUUGGCUGCAUUUAGUGUGACUCUUGACCAAAGUGAUGACAGGCUUGCUACUUCUCAAUGCUUACAAGGUUUUCGGCAUGCUGUUCAUGUUACUGCUUUGAUGGGAAUGCAGACCCAGAGAGAUGCAUUUGUCACUUCAGUAGCAAAGUUUACUUAUCUACAUAAUGCUGCAGAUAUGAGGCAAAAAAAUGUUGAUGCUGUGAAGGCAAUAAUAUCAAUUGCCAUUGAAGAUGGUAAUCAUCUUCAGGAAGCAUGGGAACACAUAUUAACGUGUCUUUCCCGAAUCGAGCAUUUGCAACUGUUGGGAGAAGGUGCACCCACUGAUGCAUCCUUUUUUACUGGAUCAAAGGUCGAAACAGAGGAAAAAUCACCAAAGCCUACUGGACUUUCUUCUCUGACGAAAAAAGGAACUAUACAGAAUCCAGCUGUGAUGGCUGUUGUUCGUGGGGGUUCGUAUGACAGUACUAGUGUCCGGGUGAACACUUCUGGACUGGUAACUCCAGAACAGAUUAAUAACUUCAUUUCAAACUUGAAUUUGCUGGAUCAGAUUGGGAAUUUUGAGUUGAAUCAUGUAUUUGCUCAUAGCCAAAGAUUAAACAGUGAAGCAAUAGUGGCUUUUGUGAAGGCCUUGUGCAAAGUUUCCAUGGCAGAGUUGCAAUCUCCAACAGAUCCUCGCGUAUUCAGCCUCACAAAAAUAGUUGAAAUAGCGCAUUACAAUAUGAACCGCAUCAGAUUAGUGUGGUCUCGCAUAUGGAAUGUUCUCUCAGAUUUCUUUGUAUCAGUUGGCUUGUCAGAGAACCUCUCAGUUGCAAUAUUUGUGAUGGAUUCAUUACGUCAGCUUGCUAUGAAAUUCUUAGAGCGCGAGGAGCUGGCAAAUUACAACUUCCAGAAUGAAUUUUUGAGACCAUUUGUGAUUGUUAUGCAAAAAAGCAACUCUACAGAAAUUAGGGAAUUAAUUGUUCGGUGCAUUUCACAAAUGGUCCUCAGCCGUGUCAAUCAUGUGAAAUCUGGCUGGAAAAGUGUAUUUCUGGUUUUUACAGCAGCGGCAGCUGAUGAGCGGAAAAAUAUUGUCUUGUUGGCCUUUGAGACCAUGGAAAAAAUCGUCAGAGAAUACUUCCCCUAUAUAACAGAGACAGAGACAAUGACUUUUACUGAUUGUGUUAGAUGCCUCUUAACCUUCACGAAUAGCAGAUUCAAUAGUGAUGUUAGCCUCAACGCUAUUGCAUUUCUCCGGUACUGUGCUGUCAAACUUGCUGAAGGAGGGCUUGUUUACAACAAGAGGAGUGAGCUUGAUGUUUCAUCCCUUCCAACAGCGAAUGAGGAUGCUUCAAAUGGAGUGACUUUCAAUGAGAAAGAUGAACAUGCAUCCUUUUGGGUUCCAUUGCUAACAGGUUUGUCAAAGCUAACAUCAGAUCCUAGAUCAGCAAUCAGGAAGGGUUCUUUGGAAGUUCUUUUCAACAUUCUAAAGGAUCAUGGUCAUCUCUUCUCACGCUCCUUUUGGACUGCGAUAUUCAAUUCUUUUGUUUACCCCAUAUUUAGCUGUGUAUGCGGUAAGAAAGACACACAUAUGGAAAAAGACCAGUCUUCACCAGUUUCAGUAUCUCCGCGUCCUGAUGGAAGCACAUGGGAUUCUGAAACUUCUGCAGUUGCAGCAGACUGUUUCAUAGAUCUAUUUGUCAGUUUUUUCGAUACAGUAAGGCCGCAACUACCAGGUGUGGUAUCCAUUCUGACAGGACUCAUACGAAGUCCUGUUCAGGGUCCCGCUAGCACUGGGGUUGCAGGUUUAGUGCGUUUGGCUGGUGAAGUUGGUGACAAGCUUUCAGAAGAUGAAUGGAGAGAGAUCUUUCUGGCUUUAAAAGAAGCAACCACAUCUUCCGUGCCUGGAUUUAUGAAGGUGUUAAGAACCAUGGACGACAUCAAUAUUCCCGGUCUUUCUCAAUCUUAUAGCGAUAUAGAUUUGUCAUCUGAUCAUGGGUUUACAAAUGAUGAUCUUGAGGAUGAUAAUCUGCAGACAGCAUCAUAUUUGGUAUCAAGAAUGAAGAGUCAUAUUACUAUGCAGCUACUUAUCAUACAGGUUGCUACUGAUUUGUACAAGUUACACCUUGAAUCGUUAUCAGUUGGCAACAUUUCAAUCCUCCUUGAAAUAUUUUCCCUCAUUGCAUCCCAUGCUCACCAACUGAACUCAGAGACAAUUCUGCACAAGAAGCUGCAAAAAGUGUGCUCCGUCCUGGAACUCACUUCCCCACCUCUGGUUCAUUUCGAGAAUGAUUCUUACAAGAACUACUUAAGCUUCCUCCAAAACGCCCUCGUGGACAAUCCUUCUCUGUCGAAGGAGAUGAACAUAGAAGCCAAACUCGUUGGAGUGUGUGAAAGUAUAUUGCAGAUAUACCUAAAGUGUACCGAGCUUCAUUCUGCCGAGCAGAGGCCUGCCGAUCAGCCAGUUUUGCACUGGAUUCUUCCCUUGGGCACAGCAAAGAAGGAAGAAUUGGCCGCGAGGACCGACAUAGCCGUGUCAGCGUUGCAGGUAUUGAACAGUCUGGAAAAGGUUUCGUUUAGGAGGCACGUCUCUCGGUUAUUUCCGUUGUUAGCAGAUCUUGUGAGGAGUGAGCACACAUCUGGAGAAGUUCAGCUUGUUCUAAGCAACAUAUUCCAAUCAUGUAUAGGCCCAAUGGUAAUGCAAUAAUAUCUCUAUUUUUUGUGAGACACUUGAUUAAUACACAUUGCCAUCAUCAAAUCACAAUUUUCUUCUCCUCGAACAGACUGGAGCCACAGAGAGAGCCAUUAAUAUAAUUUCCAUUAAAUUUUGUAGUUUAUACAAAAUCAAGGCUGGAUUUUCCCACCUUUUGAAGAGUGUAUCAUCUAAUGUGUCAAUAAUAUCUACAUCUAUUACAGUA